AUGACUACUGUCAAUAUUAUUAAUGUUUAUUCUAUUCACGAUUUCGCAAUAUUUUUCUUCUCAGUCUCUUCUCUUCAGACACCUUUCUUUCUUCAUUCUCUUAUUUCUGUCUUUCUCCUCUAUCCAACUCUUCUUUCCUUUCUUUCUCUCUCUCUCUCUCUCUCUCCUCAUUUUUUCAACUCCGUCUUUUUCUUUUCUUCUAGUUUGUUUUCACUCUCUUUUUCUUUAUCUCCCUUCCCUCUGCUGCUCCUCUGUUCGCUUUUUCUCUUUCCUCCAUUUUUCCAAUCUUCCCACCUUCCCUUCUAUUUUUCUUUCGCGACUCUCUCCUUGUUCCCUGUUUCUUCUGUUUACUUUCCUUCUACGUCGUCUUUCCUUCACCACCCUCUCAUCGUUCUCCUCUCCUUCUUCGGUUCUCUCUCUCUCCCUUUCUUUUUGUCCCUCUCCCUUCAAUCUCAUGUAUUUGUUCCUUCCCCUCGUUCUCCCUUCUUUGAUGCAUUUCCUUUUUUUCUUUCUUUACCCAUCUUUUUUUUCCUUUCCCUCUUUCUUCUUCAGGCUUUCUUCCUUUUCUGCUUUUCUUCUUCUCUACCACCCAUUUUCUUAGUUCUUCUAUUUCUUUUCAUUCUUCCCAUCUUUUUAUUCAUCACUCUCAAUUAUGGCUACUCUAUCCCUAUCGCUCUCUUUCUUCUUAUUUGUCCCUUCCUCUCUUUCUCUCUCUCUCUCUCUCUCUCUCUCCCUUGCUUCCUCUGUUUUUUCCUCUCUUCCGCCUCAACGUUUUCGCCCUUGUCUUUUUCUUCUCCCUCUCUUUUCCUACUAUUCUCUGUUUGUCUUGUCUUCCGUACUUCUCUUUCCUUAAAUCCAUUUCUAACUUUUCUCCCCAACCGAGCAAUAUUCUAA